AUGGCUGGUUACGAAAUUUCGUCUGGCUAUGGUUACUCAAUGAUAUAUCUCGGUAUCCAAGAUUCCACGUUGCAGGCAAUCCUUGUGGAUCAGUCUCAUUGGUACCGCACCUUUUCCGAUGCGCAGUCGGACAGGCUACAAGGCAAGGAGUCCCAAAUCGCAAGGUUUGGUCCCGAGCGCUGCGUCCCUCCCUCGCUUCUUCCCAAGCUUGGCUCGCGCAUUGUCCAUGUCGCUGAUUUGGAUUUGCAUCAUCUGCGGCCGGCCCACGAGCUGGCUACUCCACUGUCCAGCACAGCGGAGGAUGACGACCCCACGGACUGCCGCAUCGCCGUGGUAGGAAUGUCCUGCCAGGUACCCGGUGCCAGGGAUCUGGAGCAGUUCUCCGCGUUGCUGCGCGAGGGCAAGUCCCAGCACAUCGAGGUUGCCAGUAGCCGAUUCGAGAUGGACACUGUGUGGCGCACCUUAGACAAGAAGCGGAAGUGGUACGGCAAUUUCAUCGAUGAUCAUGAUUCCUUCGGUUACCGGUUCUUCAAGAAGAGCCCUCGAGAGAGAAAUGGGCUCGAGCAUCGGCUGAUUCUGCAAGCUGCCUACCAAGCUCUCGAGCAGUCGGGAUACUUCCACGACCAACGCUUCCCGGACAAGCAUAUCGGCUGUUUCCUGGGCGUGGGGCUGGUGGACUAUGAGAGUAACAUCGCCUGCCACCCCGCUAGUGCGUAUGCUGCUACGGAAAACCUAAAGAGCUUCGCCGCUGGUCGAGUCAGUCAUUACUUCGGCUGGACAGGCCCGUCGUUGAUGCUGGAUACGGCCUGCUCGUCAUCCGCGGUUGCCGUGCACCAAGCGUGCCGCGCCAGCCUCCACAACGAGUGCUCUGCUGCCCUGGCUGGUGCGGCCAAUGUUAUGACUUCGCCUGACUGGUUCCACAACCUGGCCGGUGUUUCUGAGCUGGGGAAUCUGACUGAUUUUGCGAGUUUGUUGCGCUGCAUUGAAGCCGUGCUGGGGUAUAGUGCUGGGGGUGAGCAGGAGUCAGCUGGUGAGGUUGGUCCUGUGCAGGUUAAUGGCACCCGGGUCAAUGGUACUCAGAUCAAUAAGGUCAAUGGCACGUCUCACACGAAGUGCCACUCGAAUGGUGUCCUCGCUGGUAUGGCGACUGCAGUUCGGGAGGCGUUUGCCAUCACGAAGCAGUCAACCGAUACGUUCAUCGAGCAGUACGGACUGGCCGACUACAACAGAAAGAUCCUGCCCACCUCCACAGAGCUUGUCAUCGUGCACAUCCUGGAUGCAACGGUGUCGAGGAUAUCCUACCUGCCACGCCACGAACGAUUUGUGGACUUCAUCUACGAGAUGCUAGAGAAGACAGCGGGACUGGUGGUCGUCGAAGGUGCUCGCAUCACUCGAACCAGUACCCCCUGUCCUGAAAAGUCAGCCACCGUUCUGCUGGAGCAGCUCCUAGCCGACGGCUCGAAUCACUCGUUCGAUCACCGUCUCACCUACAUGACCGGCUCCCGGCUGGCCGACUGCCUCAGCGGCGCUGUAGACGGCGUCCAGCUGCUCUUCGGGUCAGCAGAAGGUCGCGAGCAGGCGACGGGCAUGUACAGCCAGUCGCCCAUCAAUCUGCCCUGGAUCAGGCAGAUGGAAUUCCUCCUGCAGGAAUUCUUCGCGCACCUGCCUGCUGGUUCUGGCACGAUCAACAUCCUGGAGAUGGGUGCGGGAACAGGCGGGACUACCUCGAUCAUGGCGCCCUUGCUGGCUCGCAUGGGAGUUGACGUGAUCUACACGGUCACCGACAUCUCUUCCUCGUUUGUCGCCGGUCUACGAAAGCGGUUCAAGCAGUACCCGUUCAUGCGCUUCAAGAUGAUCAACAUCGAGGAGCAGCCUGCUGCCGAUCUCUUGCAGAGCCAGCAUAUUGUUAUCGCAACCAACUGCAUCCACGCCACGCAGGACCUGGUCCGCUCCUCCACCGUCAACCCUGGCACGACAAGCUACACAUCCUAUCUGAUCUCCUCGACGCGCCCGCCCUCGUCCCCUUCGCGGAGUGGACCCGGCGCGUGCGAGAACCCGGCUGCGCGGCUGGUCGAUUUCCUGGACGAGCACUUCGUCGCCAUGUCCUGCGAUACCAAUAUGGUGUUGGAUACGGCGAAUAGUCGCGAGCAUUCGGUGACGUUGGCGAGCGCGGAGGCGGUGGGGGUGGAGUUGGUGGGGAUGUAUGUGAGACGGUGGAAGGAGAUGGAGUUCGGAUGGGGGUGUGUGGAGUUGUUGAAAUUAGCGCGGAAGUCCAAGACGGAUCGGCGCGGGAGGUCGCGCGGGGAGAAUCGGCGCUAG